UUAAAAAUGGUAACUACUUCCUCUGCAACUGUAAUGUGGAAUCCAACCAAGACUAACUUCACUUCUUAUAAAGCAUCUUUAUCCAACAACACCUUUAUAGAAAAGUUCAGGAUCCCAGGAACAGUGACAGACUUCAGUGUUACAGACCUGAUAGCUGGGGGCAUUUACAAUUUCACACUGAGAAGACUAAAAGGAAAUAUUGAAGGAUCUUCUGCUGUCCUUGAAUUUGUAACAGAACCUGCAAAACCAGAAAGUCUGAAAUUCUUCAAUGUUUCAUCACAUUAUUUUUCACUGUAUUGGAGACUACCGUAUGGACUUGUAGACAGAUUUCAUGUGGCUCUUGCUCCUGAUCAUGCUUCUGUUGUUAUCCUAGAUCUGGGAGUUAGGGAGUAUCAAGCUGAUUUUUCCAAUACUCUUCCUGGAACAACAUACAAUGUUACAGUUUCUGCAGUUUCUUCGUCCGUCUAUAGUUCACCUGCAAGUAGAACUGUGACAACAAAUGUGACAAAUCCUGGGCCACCUGUGUUCCUUGCAGGUGAAAGAGUGGGUUCUGCUGGGAUUUUGCUCUCAUGGAACACACCACUCUAUCCAAAUGGGAGAAUUCUAUCCUAUAUUGUUAGAUAUAAAGAAGUCUGCCCAUGGAUGCAAACAGCUUAUACACAGGUCACAACAAAGCCAGACAGUUUGGAAGUUCUUCUCACCAGUCUUAACCCUGGAACAACUUAUGAAAUUAUGGUUGCUGCUGAGAACAGUGCUGGUAUUGGAGUGUUUAGCGAUCCUUUCCUUUUCCAGACUGCAGAAAGUGCUCCAGGUAAAGUAGUGAAUCUCACAGUUGAAGCCUUAAAUUCUUCAGCUGUAAAUCUGAUCUGGUUUCUCCCUCGGCAACCAAAUGGAAAGAUAACUAGUUUCAAGAUUAGUGUGAAACAUGCAAGAAGUGGAAUUGUAGUGAAAGAUGUCUUGGUUAAAGUAGAGGACCUUCUGUCUGGGAGGUUACCAGAAUGUAAUGAUAAGAGUGAAUCUUUUUUGUGGAGUACUACCACUCCUUCAACUACUUUUGGGAAACCCACAAGUCUUUCACAGACUACAGUGACACCAAGUACAGAGGCAACAAGUCAGAUGAGCUCUGUUUGGAGUGAACCAAUCAGCUUUGUUGUAACUAACCUCAGGCCAUACACCACCUAUCUUUUUGAAGUCUCUGCAGUUACCACUGAAGCAGGUUACAUUGACAGUGCAAUUGUCCGGACACCAGAAUCAGUUCCAGAAGACCCACCACAGAAUUUUGCCAAGAGCAACAUUACAGCAAAGUCUUUCUCAGUAAUGUGGGACCCACCGACCAUAGUAACAGGGAAAUUCAGUUACAGAGUUGAGCUGUAUGGACCAUCUGGUCAUGUUCUGGAUAACAGUACAAAAGACCUGAAGUUUGUGUUUAGUAACCUUGUGCCGUUUACAACCUACGACGUGUAUGUCAGUGCUGAGACAAGUGCUGGGGUGGGGCCAAAGACCAACCUCACAGUUUUCACUCCUGCAGAUGUCCCAGGUGCUGUAUCAGAUUUACAACUAGCAGAAGUGGAAGCCACAUAUAUAAAAAUUACUUGGAGAAAGCCACAACAACCAAAUGGAAUCAUUACCCAGUACAGAGUUAAAGUACAUGUGCAGGCAACACUUGCCACUCUGGAAAACACUGUUCUUGGAGACAAAAAUAAGUAUCUGAUUGACUCUUUGGAACCAUACACAAUAAAUGAAAAUAUCAAACUUUCUUCUACCCCUUGGAAUUCAAUGGAAGCAGACAAUGAUUUAUAUGAAGGUUCAGCUGAAAUGUUUUCCAGCAUUCAGACAGCUUCCCCAGUAAUAUUUACAAGUGUAUCUGGUGAUAAUUUCCCUGAUAUAAAUGGAGCUACAGAACUACAUUCUGCUUUGGAUAUUCAAUAUAACAUCGACAUUUUGGCUGAAGAACUGUCAUAUGUUAUAAAGGGCCUCACACCUUUCACAGAUUACACAAUUAGUGUGUCUGCUUUCACUGCUGUUGGAGAAGGACCACCAUCAGUUCUUACAGUCAGGACAAGUGAACAAGUCCCAAGCUCAGUACAAAAUAUAUUUUACAAGAAUAUUAGCUCUUCCUCUGUCUUGCUGUAUUGGGAUCCUCCAGCAAAUCCUAAUGGGAAAAUCACUCAUUAUACUGUUUAUGCCAUGGAACUGGAUGCAAAAAAAGCAUUUAAUGAAACAACUUCAAACAACAGCUUACUUAUGACAGGUUUAAAAAAGUACACAGAUUAUAAAAUGAGAGUCACAGCCUCCACCGCAGUUGGAGAAAGUGCUUUGUCUGAAGAGAACGAGGUGUUUGUGCGAACCCCUGAGGACGAACCAGAUUCCCCACCUCAAAACUUAGAAUUAAUAAAUGUAACUGCAACAGAAAUAAAUCUGAGAUGGUUACCACCUGAGCAGCCUAAUGGUCUCAUAACUCACUACGAAGUUCUGUACAGUGAUUCCAACAAUUUUUUUAUUAAAAAUGCCUCAUCUACAAGUAUAUCACUAAGUGAAAUGAAGCCAUAUACUCUCUACAACAUCUCAGUAAGAGCAUUCACCAGACUUGGCUAUGGGAAUCAGUCAUCUUUUCCGCUUCUGGUCAGAACUUCUGAAACUGUUCCUGCGUCUGCACCAGAAAACAUAACCUAUAGAAACAUCUCAUCCAUGGAAAUUGAAUUAUCAUUUUUUCCACCAUCCAUUCCCAACGGAAUUAUACAGACCUACACAAUAUAUCUCGUGAGGGCUAAUGGCACUGAGCAAAGGGUUAUAAACACUACCCUUCUGACACUACGUAUUGCAGAUUUAAAUAAGUAUACAGAAUAUACUGUAGAAGUGUCUGCUAGUACCACAAUGGGAGAGGGCGUUCGUAGUUCACCUCUGCAUGUACUAACUGCUGAAGAUGCUCCAAGUUCUCCUCCACAAGCCCUCUCUGUAAAACAGUUGUUGGGUGUCACUGUGAAGUUGUCAUGGAAACCUCCACUGGAGCCAAAUGGAAUUAUCCUCUAUUACACAGUUUGUGUCUGGAAUAAAAUGUCAAAGAGGAGUGUAAAUGUAACAGAAACAUCACUGGAAUUCACAGACCUAGAAUAUAACUGUGAGUAUAAUGCUUACCUAACAGCAAGUACAAGAUUUGGAGAUGGCAACAUAAAAAGUGAUACUAUAACAUUCAGAACUUCUGAAGGAGCACCAAGUGAUCCACCAAAAGAUGUUACAUACAGAAACCUUUCUUCCACAUCAAUAAUGCUAUUCUGGUCUCCUCCUCAAAAGCCUAAUGGAAAUAUACUGUACUACUCAGUUUAUUUCAAAAACAACUCAGGAAUAUUCAUACAGAAUUUCACAAGUUAUGGUAAUGACAGCAAUGUCAGUGUAGUGCUGGAUGACUUGGCAAAAUACAGCCAUUACACUCUGUGGUUAACUGCAAGCACAGCAUUUGGAGAUGGAAACAAAACCAGUGAAAAAAUAGAUGUGUAUACAGAUCAAGACAUCCCAGAAGGUUUUGUUGAAAAUCUGAUCUAUCAAAACAUUUCCUCAUCUUCUGUAAAUGUAAGCUGGCUUCCACCAUCCCAGCCAAAUGGCUUAGUCUUCUUUCAUGUUUCUCUAAGUUUAAUGCAACUGGGAACCAGUAAGAUAUUAUCUUUCCUUACUUACAACACAAGCAUAAUUUUUGAUGAUCUGGAGAAAUACACUGAUUACAUUCUGAAAAUCACACCAGCCACUGAUAAAGGAUCUUCUGAACGGCAUACUCUGAGUCUUCACAUAAGAACUGAUGAAGAUGUCCCAGAAUCAGCACCUGUAAUGAAAACAUUUUCAAAUCUCUCAACUACCUCAGUUAUGCUUUCAUGGGACCCUCCUGUUAAGCCAAAUGGUAUUAUAAUACAUUAUGAUUUAAAUUUGUUUGGGCCAGAAAGGAAUAGCUCAUUCUCUACUACCAAUAAUUUUAUCAUUUUGGAAGAUCUUCUGCCAUUCACAUUGUACAGCAUUUAUGCAGCUGCCAGAACAAUAAAAGGACCUGGUCCCUCCGCUGUGCUUCAGUUCUACACAGAUGAGUCAGUGCCAUUAGCUCCACCCCAGAAUUUGACCAUUAUCAACUACACCGCAGAUUCUGUGUGGCUAAAAUGGGAUCCAAGUCCUCAGUCAAACGGUGUUAUUAUGAGAUAUAAUUUUAAGAUUUAUCAAAACAACACUGAAAAACUAGUUUUUUGGAACAUUUCAGGUUCAAACCAUGAGGCAAACAUUGUUGGAUUAGAACCAUACAGCCCCUAUUUUAUCAGUGUCUCUGCGUUUACCAAGCUUGGGAACGGCAAUCAGUUCAGUAACGCUGUCCACUUUACAACGAUGGAAUCAGUGCCAGAUGCUGUACAGAACAUUCGCUGUAUCGCCACGAGUUGGCAAUCGAUCCUAGUGCAGUGGGACCCUCCUGCUUCUGCCAACGGCAUAAUUACACAUUACAUCAUAGCAGUCGAAGGAAAUUCUACAAAUUUUUCAUCUUCUGGUACACUGCAUACUUUCAGAAAUCUGCUUUCCAACGUUACUUAUCAAAUUAAAAUAAAAGCUGCAACGUCUGCUGGUGAGGGUGAAGAGCAGAUAUGCAAUGCCAGUACACUUCCAGAGAAAGUUCCUAGUGCACCCAGAGAUAUUGUAUUUUCCAAUGUGCAAUCAACAAGUGUGACCUUGCAUUGGAGAUCACCAAAAUCUAUCCUUGGCUACUUUCAAAACUACAAGAUUACCACACAGCUACAAUCCAUCCACUGCAGUGACUGGGAGGCUAUGGAAUGUAUUGAAUAUGAGAUGCAUCAGUAUUUAUAUGAAAAUGUCAUGGAUGACUGGAUAGAAGACACAGUGUAUGAACUGAAAAAAUACAGAUGGUACAGAUUUGCUGUUGCUGCCAGUACAAAUGUUGGUUAUGGCAGUUCUUCACCUUGGAUUUCAACUCAAACCCUUCCUGGCUCUCCAGAUGGUCCUCCAGAAAAUGUGACUGUUUUAGCUACAUCUCCUCACAGUAUUAAUGUCAGCUGGAGUGAACCUGCCAUCAUUACAGGACCAACGAGCUACCUCAUAGAUGUUACCUCAGUGGAUAAUGACAACUACAAAGCUCAGUUUUUGAAGACAAAUGAGGAGGAUAAAAUCUUAGAAAUUUCUGAUUUGAAAGCAUUUACAAGGUAUUCUGUAGUGAUCAUUGCCUUCACAGGGGAUGUUAAUGCUGCACUCCUAGAAGGCAAGCCUAGUUCCCCUGUAAUUGUCUCCACUUUUGAAGCAGUGCCUGAAGACCCACCUAACAACAUAACUUUUCAGAAGAUACCAGAUGAAGUAACAAAAUUCCAAGUAACAUUUGUGCCACCAUCUGAACCAAAUGGAAAUAUUCAAGUGUAUCAAGCUAUGGUUUACAAUGAAGAUGACCCUGCUGCCAUCCAGAUCCACAACCUUAGUGUCAUUAAAAAAAAAGAUCAGUCAGUCACUGCCAUGAUAGAAGGACUUAAAGGAGGACAUACCUAUAAUGUCAGCGUGUAUGCAAUUAAUGGUGCUGGUGCAGGGCCAAAAAUUCAAUUGAAAAUAACCAUGGAUAUCAAAGAACCACCAAGGCCCAAAAAGAAACCAGCACCAGUUUAUGAUACCAAUGGAGCAUUACUUGUCACAGAUACAACAAUUACAAUCAGAAUGCCAAUAUGUUAUUACAGUGAUGAUCAUGGCCCUAUCAAGAAGAUACAAGUCCUUGUUGUGGAAGCUGGAGCUCAGCAUGAUGGGAAUGUUACCAAGUGGUAUGAUGCCUACUUCAACAGACCAAGGCCAUAUUUUACAAAUGAGGGUUUUCCAAACCCACCAUGCAUAGAAGGAAAAGAAGAUCUGAGUGGGAAAGAAGAGAUAUAUGUCAUAGGUGCUGAUACUACAUGUCUGAUAUCAGGCAGUCAAGACAAAAUAUGCAAUGGCCCACUGAAACCAAGAAGGCAGUACCUAUUUAAGUUCAGAGCAACUAACAUUAAAGGGCAGUUUACAGAUUCUGACUAUUCUGACCCUGUCAAAACAUUGGGUGAAGGACUGACAGGAAGAUCUGUAGAAGUUGUCCUUGCUGUUACUUUAUGUAUAAUUUCAGUUGUUCUUUUGGUGGCUGCAGUAUAUGCUUUUGCAAGAAUUCGGCAAAAGCAAAAAGAGGGAGGCACAUACUCCCCACGAGAUGCCGAAAUUAUUGACACAAAAUUCAAACUGGAUCAGCUGAUCACAGUGGCAGACCUGGAGCUGAAGGAUGAGAGAUUUACACGGUUGCUUAGUUAUAGAAAAUCCAUCAAGCCAAUAAGCAAGAAAUCCUUUUUACAACACGUUGAAGAGCUUUGCACAAACAACAACCUAAAGUUUCAGGAAGAAUUUUCGGAACUUCCCAAGUUUCUUGAAGACCUUGCUUCAACAGAUGCUGAUCUGCCUUGGAACAGGUCUAAGAAUCGUUUCCCAAACAUAAAGCCAUAUAAUAACAACAGAGUAAAGCUGAUGCCUGAUGCUGGUAUUCCUGGAUCUGACUACAUUAAUGCCAGCUAUGUGUCUGGCUAUUUAUGUCCAAACGAGUUUAUUGCAACUCAGGGACCAUUACCAGGAACAGUGGGUGAUUUCUGGAGAAUGGUGUGGGAGACAAGAGCUAAAACACUUGUGAUGCUCACACAAUGUUUUGAAAAAGGACGUAUAAGAUGUCACCAGUACUGGCCAGAAGAUAAUAAACCAGUGACUGUGUUUGGGGAUAUAGUGAUUACUAAAUUGAUGGAAGAUAUUCAAAUAGACUGGACCAUCAGAGACCUAAAAAUUGAAAGGCAUGGAGACUGCAUGAUGGUGCGGCAGUGUAACUUCACUUCUUGGCCAGAACAUGGAGUCCCCGAAACGACUGCACCAUUUAUCCAUUUUGUAAAACUCAUCCGUGCAAGUCGAGCACACGAUAACACACCGAUGGUGGUGCACUGCAGUGCUGGUGUUGGAAGAACAGGCGUAUAUAUUGCACUUGACCAUUUAACCCAACAUAUAAAUGACCAUGAUUUUGUGGAUAUCUACGGACUUGUAGCUGAGCUAAGAAGUGAAAGGAUGUGUAUGGUACAAAACCUGGCACAAUAUAUAUUUUUACAUCAAUGUGUAUUGGAUCUGUUGACAACCAAGGGAAGUAGUCAGCCCUUAUGUUUUGUAAAUUAUUCAGCACUGCAAAAGAUGGACUCUCUGGAUGCCAUGGAAGGUGAUGUGGAGCUUGAAUGGGAAGAAACAACCAUGUAAAUACUGGGAGUAAAUAUUACAGAAAAGGAGAUUUUGAAAAUCAAAGUAAUAUUUUUCUAAGCACAGGGGCCAAAGCGAAUUCCCCUAUUUUGUUGAUUAAAGGAAACACAGAUGAUUGAGACACCUGUUCUUCUAUCAAUGUGCCUUCAUAAAUAAGUUAAAGUAUUUUAUUCAGAACACUGAGCAAUAAUGGUUUGGAGUACUUUUGCACAACCUGCACUUCUGGUGUUAUAUAAAUAGUGCAUUCAGUAUGUAUUUAAAGUGUAUUUGAACAUAUUCCUUUUUUCUAAACUAUCUUUGUAAAAGAAAAAUGAGCCAAAUAGGAUGUAAAAAAUUAAUAUUUCCACUGAACCUACUUUGGUGUGAAUUUGCUGUGUUCUGUGUGUUUUGGUUUUAAGUAAAAGCUAAGGUUUCUUUACUCGUUCUUGAUAGAUUGGCUUCAGUGUUGUCAGUUCUUGCAGAUUAAUUCCAAGACCAUCACAGUGAUCUUUACCUAACUGUAUGUUCUUGUGUUUUGAAUAUUUUUUUUACGAGUGGUAGUACAUCAGCUCAUGAUCCUGAACAGCUGAAGAGUCACCUUCUGACAUGGGGAGGAUUAUUCAGCUUUUACACAGCACACAGUAGCUCUUCAGGGACACUUGGGGCUAUUUAAACUAUUUUAUAAUCAUCAGGUAUUUUUUUAAAUACAUAAUGAUGAUUGCAUAUGUUCUGGGCAGAAAAAAAGUGUUUUACAUUCCUGCUACUUUUUCAAGCAGAUAAACAAAGUAAAACUAUAAAUCUAUUAUCUGUUAUAGUGAAUGCUAGAUUGACUUAUGUAAUAGAAUGCUUCAAAUUCAUUCACCUUUCUUGAAUAUAUCACCAUUCAGCAUUUUGAAAGAUUGCUCAAAAUUUAGUAUCAAUGUAUUUUAUAAUAUGAUUGUCAAGUAAAAAUAUUUUUGCACCUUCCUCAGAUUUAGGAAAUCACUGCAGACCCUGAAAAUUAUGGGAGUUAAUAUCUAGAGAUUUAAUAAGAGAAAACAUCUUCCACUCGCAAUGAUGAUGAUAUGAUGAUUAUUGGUAUUAUUGUAAAUAGAUCUGAAACACUAAUGAGAGAGGCAGGAAGCUUGUAUCUGAGAAUGAAAGCAAAAAUUAGUAGAUUAGGAAGACCAGAGAGAUAAUGAAACUGUGUGCCCUGGUUUUACAUGGAAGUGGCAGUAUUCAAUUGAUAUUAUUGGGUGGAAGGGUGGAUUGCUAAGUUUUUCUCAGGUAAAGAAAUCAUCAUUCUGAAUAAAAAUGAAACUGUCACCUUAAUAUGAGAUGCAAAACAUAAUAGCAAAGAGACAUUGGAACUGCCAUCUUAUAGUGUGUUUAGACAGAAGAACUCAAAAGCUGUCUUGUUGAGGCAUCAAGCUCAGGGAAGUCAGACAAAACUCUUUAGAACCCUGAAAUAUGUAUGUGAGGGGCUGUUCUUUUGUGCACACACUCUGAACAGAAUAGCCAGUGAACAAACAUUUCCAUUUCUUCACUGUAGCUUCCAGACAUAAAUGCUAUGCAGAAGGUAACGUGGUAUUUUCUCAGAACUAAACCACGGUGUUUUUAGAAACUGGCAAGGAUGGUACAGUGAAGACCCUUUGUAAUUUUGCAGAAAGUGCCAAAUAUCUAAAAUGAAAAUUCAAAGACAGCAUUUAAGGAGGUAGAAGUGGUCUACAGAGAUAUUUGGGCAAUCUGUCUUUUAGGAAGAUCAGCGGUAUUGUAAACAUCACCUGUCAGGCUAAAAAGAAAACAAUGCCUUUUAAAGCUUGAUAGGGGAGAGAGAGGUGAUGUCCACAGCUGUUCAAGUCUCUGGCAAAGCAUUCGGUGCAGCUCUAGUUUCAUUUGGUUCCUAUGAAACAUGUGUUCUUCAUUUAUUAUACAUGUACUUUAAAGUAUUCUGACAAAUUGCUUAUAGGGACUUACAGAUGUUUUUCAUGAUUUGUGGUUGUACUUGGUAGCAGUGCAGGGAGCACUGUGAUAAAUUGACAUUAUAGAGUCAUAAUCUUGUAUAGUCUUAUAUCCACAAUGGUGGAAUAUCUGCUGGAAAAAGCUAAGCCUUAUGCAACUCAGAGAUGCAACUCCAGAAGUUCUAAAUGUGCUAAAGGGUCCUCUGGCUUUUAUAAAAUACUUAAUGGUGAAGAUUCUAUACACUCCUUUAGGGGACCUGCCUAUGAUUACACUGUGGCUUACACUGCAUUCAGGAACAAGCUUGCCUGACAGAAAGUGGGACUCUCUUUCCUCUAUGAGAAGUAAUUCAGGUACUUUUCUGUGCAAUUUGACAUAAGCAAUCUGAUAAAUGCCACCUUGAUGCAUUAUGCAUUGUCUCCAGGGUAAAAGAUAAUAUUCAGCAUGAACUGGCCACAGUUCAUAAGGUAGAUGGUCAGGGAAAGAUGUAUCUCCAAGCAAUUCUCUCCAAGUACUGGUUCUUAGUAGUUUGAACAUUCCUGUGUGUCUGCCAAUGCUUUACAGGGAUAGAGGAGCAUCCAUAUAACAAGAAAUUACUCAAGAUCUCAAUUCAGUUAUGAAGGAAGAAUUUGCUCAUAGUCUCUUGUUUUCCAUCCCUCCUUCCCUUUUGAAAUGACCCUUCCCUAUGGUGGUGCUACUGACAGCACCGCAGAGCUGGAGUCAAGCAGAAUUUGUCCAACUGCUCUUUUAAAAAUAUAUUUAUAUAUAUGAAGCAGCCCAUCCAUUCAUUUUUAAUGUCACCACUCAAUUUUCUACAAAUUCUUGGCACUACUAAUAUAGCAAGAGUGUACUCUGCCAAAAUUAGAAAUUGAAUGAAUAAAAAUUGGAGAAAAAAAUCAGAAAUUCUACAGGAUUAUUGAAAUUAGGUCACACUGUAUUAAAUUAUCUGGAAAAUUUCUGGAGACUGAGAUAUCUCCAUACAGAGAAGGAGCAAUAUUUUUAUAUAUAUGUAUUUAUAGCCAGUUCUGCUGGACAAAAAACUACUGUCAUGGCCCUUAAAAUACUGACUUGUUCUGUUCACCAAGGUAACAGAAUGAGAGCAGAACAUUAAGUUCUUGUUGAAUUUUAAGCACUUCUUUUACUAUUAAAAGAGUUGAUAAAAAUAAUUGUGAGUUCAAUUGUGAUUUUACUGCAUAUAUGGAGCUAUUCAGUAAUUUAAUUCCUUAACAUUAUGUGAAAGAUUAUUAAUGUGAAUUAAUCUGUGUAGUACCAUCUAUAUAUUGCUGCAGUAUGGAGUAUGAUCAUAAGCAGAUACUAAGAAAAUCAGCAAAGAACAAUGAGUCAAUCAAAUUUCAUGCUAAGGUAGCAUGACAGGGAGCUUUCUUGGUUGCAUACAAAAAUUGAAAAACAACCUAGAUGUGCAUAUGAAUUUGAUGAGAUUCAGGAUACAAAGCCCUGUGAAAUCUGUGGACAGAGGAGAUUUUUUCUGAAAAUAAAAUUUGAGAAGUACCUGUUUUAGAGGGCUACACGUGUGAAGCAUAACACAAGAUCAAUGUCUGUCCAUGAAAAUAUUCAGUAAAAAUAGAUCCAAAAUAAUUUUUCUUUUAAGACAUGACAAAUAUUUAAUUAGCCACUGGUUUAGAGAAUAUAUACAUGGUAAUAAUGAAUUCACGGUUGUUUUAUAACUAAGUUGUGUGCCCAUUCAUUGCUGCAAUGCAUUGAAUACAAUAGACUGUAACUGGAAACCACUGACACAUAGCACUGAACAUGUCUUUGUUGGUUUUGAUUUUAAGGAACUGAGUCACAGAAAAUGUGCUGAAAGGUGAUGCUCUGUUUCAACCUUUUCUCCGUGACUGUUGUGUCACCACUAUACAGUGUCAAAAAAACCAAUUCCUCCCAACAUUGUUCUCUAUGUUCUCUUCUCUUUUCUAAUGUUGUGUUCCUUAUCUGUAUGUGACUUUAUCAGAAGGAAUUGCAAACAGUAGUAUGGGUCAUCUGAAUUCCAGUACUGCAGGUAGUGGUCUCACAGGUGUGCUCUUACAGCAAACCUUCCCUCUGUCUCUCUCCCAUGAGUUGGCUUCCAGAUGACAUCAUGGAAUAUCAGCCGUGGUUUUGCUCUGACUCCUGUUCAAUACAUUUUAUGUCCUGUCCUCUCUGUGGCUAUGAUUACCAGGCAAGUGCAAAGCUACUUCUGUGGUUCCAGAGAUGAGCUAUGUUGUCAGCAGCACGUCUUUGCAGCAUCAGCUCUGUUUACAAUUAUAAGGGUAAGCUGAUUUCCUAUCCAGAAGUUCCUCUUACUGCUAAAAUAAAUUCUGGUAUGAAUUUUAGUACUGGUCAUUGUUCAGUGUAAGCUGAAGAAAGAAGGAUGGAUUCAGUGUUUGAUAUUUCACAUGGAGAUUCUCUUUUCCCAAUAACUUUUCCCAAACAAUGCUGAACUAAUUAUUAAUUUUGUUUCUUCUCACAGCUCCCUUAUAAUGUAGGCCCUUUCUGAGAUUCUAUGUAAAUAAAACUGAAAAUCAAUGGCUUUUCACACAUU